AUGCAUCCUGCGCCCUCAGUGCUGCUCAAAUUUCGCAUUGAAUGGAAGGAUGCUGAGGGCAGCUGGCCGAUGUACACAGUGCUUCGUCACAUGUCGAACCAGACUGCAGCCCUCAUCAGCGCGUGCACAUCGACCACUCACGAAUCCCUGGGCAUGCCUCUGCAAGCGCGUGCGGCCAGCAAUACAAUACGAAUGUCGGCGGAUCGUGCUGGAAAUCAUCUGCACCCGCUGUCAUCUGACUUCACUCGCGGAAGCAUACCCUCGACAGCACCGACCGAAAGCUUCCGAACGUGGCUUGAAGCUUGUCCGGAGCAAGACAUGCGCGCGGUCUCCCUCCUGACUGAUCUUCUCGAUCGUGGAAACGCGAUCAUAUUGCAGCGACUCCACCUUGAUCUCGCCGUCAGAAGCUCAUUCUAUGCUGGCAUAACAUACCCUGAAACUGACUGCGAAGAACGCUGUCGAUUCCCGAAUGGUACAGGAUCAGGCCAAUUUUCGCCUUGCAGCGCUCGAGUGGUAGUGGUGGCGCCUCGAUAUGAACAGGCGAUGCUCGUCAGAGCAAGGAGUGUAGCAAUCAUGAACACGAUAUGGCAAGGUCCGGAAGGGUCAAGACGGUUGUCAGGCAUUUAG